AUGGCGCCUAUCACGGAGCCUUCCCAUCUACUCAACCCACUCGCCACUUCCCUCCAGCUCGAGACCUCAGCAAGUCAACUCGAUGGCCUGCCUAGCGAGCUCGAGGACUCAGUGCGGUUCGAAACAGCACGACUCACCCAGGCGGCUGGCAUCCUACUUCGUCUGCCUCAGGAAAUAAUCGCUCAAGCCAUCGUCAUUCUGCAGAGGGUUUGGACUGGUCCUGAUGGCGGCAGUCUGCUUGAGCAUGAUUCAAAGGUUACCGCCGCAGCAGCCCUCUUUCUUGCAGCCAAGCCGUCUUCUCAACCUGUGACUCCGAGACAGGUGCUCACGUCAUUCGCCUACCUGACGAGUCUGCCACCCGGGCAGCUUGCGUCGUCCGCGGCAGAGGGCAAGCUGGAUUCGUCAUGGCAUCUGUCAGAAGGCCAGUACGAGAUUAAGGGGAACACACUCUACGAGAUUGAAGCGCACAUCCUCCGCGUACUAGGCUUCCAGACCCAUGUUGCGCUCCCGCACACACUGUGCAUCAACUACCUGCAGACACUAGACGUCUUCCAGUCCUCCGCCGGCACCCUUGUCGCAAAAGCAGCAUUUCAACACCUGAACACGGCCCUGCUAAGCACACAACUUCUCUACCUCACUCACCAGCCCUCGGCACUUGCUACAGCUGCCAUCUACCUAGCUGCGAAGGACGUUGGCGUGAAGCUGCCGGAAGUUGAAUGGUGGGAAGUGUUUGAUCUCGACCGGGAAGAACUUGGAUUCUUAGUCGUUGCGCUCAGAAGUGCCGAAGGCUUUUCCUUGGAGGAGCAGCGAAAGUGGGGUCGGAGGAAAGUGCCAACUUCAGUAGAGGAACUUCAAGCGGAGAUAGAGCGGUCUCGCAUGCUGGAGAAUGGCCAGUAG